CGGAAGUAGAAUAGGAGAAGAUAACUGACAUGUAAAAAAUUUGCCAAGCUGGCGAUCCGGUUUGAAUAAUAAGAAAUGUUCUCCUUAUAUGCUUACAAUGACAUUUAAUAGCCAUAUUUCCAUGUAGCAAUGUUUGCCAAAUUGAAAAAGAAAAUAGAAGAGCAGGAUGGAGGUGCUGGUGAUGGAAACAGAACAUUGAGUCCUCUGAAAGGAACCUCAGUGCAAAGUCCUUCCUGGAAAGAUCAUCGUGGAUAUGAAUCCGAUAGUUCUAGUUCUGCUUUACAGUCUCCAACACCAUUUGGUGCUUCACGAGAAGAUCUUCGAGAUCCAGGUGGUUCAAGGGAAGAAGUUCUUGCAUCCUUGCUAAAAAGAACAGAACAAUGUAAAAAAUUUGAAGGAAAAAUUACUGAAUAUGCUGCAAUAAUAAAGGAGAAAAACAAAAAUAUAGAAAAACUAGAAUCAUCAUUACAGAGUCAAGAAGCAGGUCAUGAACAGAAGAUAAAUGAAUUGAAGGAGCAAAAUCAGAUGAACCAAUCAAAGAUGGCUGAAACGUUUUCAUUUUCUCUAAAGAAGAAAGAUGAGGAAAAAGACGAGUUAUGGGCAAAAAUAACAGAAUAUGAAGAAUACAAAGAUAAAUUGUAUAAACAAGAGGAGGAAAAAGAAGAACUUCAAGGACUGGCAUCACAAGAGCUUGCCAAGAUUAAACACUUGCUCUUGAAUACUGAAGAAGAAUUGACAAGAGUAAAGAUUGAGUUAAAGGAAACACAAUCUAGUUUAGAUGUAGCAGAGAGUACUGUAAAAGAUUUAGAAAACAAAGUGACGGACCUUGAGGAAGAUAGAAAACAUGUAACACUUCAAAGUGAUAAACUAACAGAGGAGAACAGAAUUUUGUCAAAGAUGAUAAGCAGUCUAUCUAAAGAGAAAGAAAGAUUAAAAGAAGAAAGUGAUUUAAACCAGAAAGUAUUAAAUGAGAAGUGUGUAGUUUUAUCAUCAGUAGAAGAAAAGAAAAUAGAUAUAGAAAAUCAAUAUCAAACACUGCAAUAUAAUUAUGAUACUCAUAAAACAAAGUCAAAUAAACUUAUAGAGGAAAAAGAUGAACAUAUAGAACAAUUAAAAGAAAGAAUACAUGUACUAGAACAGAGGUUUCAGGGCCAGGGUUUGUCAGGAGAUGACAGGGUAUCAGCAUUAGAAUCAGAGAGAGACAGUUUAGAGAAAAAAUUGGAAGAAUGUAGAGAACAACUCUCAGAAAUUAAAUCAACAUGGAGUGAUAAAAUAUCCCAUUUAGAAGAACAGAUUUCCCAUCUUAAUACCAAGAUGGUUGAAGAUAGUGAUGAACUUUCUAGAAGUGAGCAGAAUGCAGAAAGUACUAGAGAGAGUUAUCAGUCACAACUAUCUCAGUUACAAACAAAACUAGAAGAUGCUGAACAUAAAUGUGAAGAAAAUUGGGAUCUUCUCAACAAAAAAGAAAAACAGUUUGAGAAAGAGAAACACAAUUUGGAAACAGAACUGAAUAAACAACACUUUGAAAAGAUGGAUUUAGAAACUCAACUUGUGUCGAAAAUUACCUCCCUUGAAUCACAGUUAAUGUCUGAAAAACAGGCAAAAGAAUAUGAAAAAUCACUUCUGGAGCAAAAAAUAGAACAGUUGGAAAAGCAAGAAAAUUAUUAUCUGGAAAAAGCAGCAAAGCUUGAAGAACAAGUUAUGCAGUUAGAAAAGAACAGAGAUGUUCUGGAGAAUGAAAAGUUCAGUUUAUCAAAUGAUGAACUAGAGUUAAAGAAGAAAGUAUGUGAGAUGGAAAAUACAGAAACAGAGUUGAGGAGUAUGAUUUCAGAUCAUGAGAAUAAAUUAACUCAGUCAUCUAAGCAGUUGGAAGAAUUGGAACAGUUUUUAAAGAGCAAAGAAUCUGAGCUGCAUGAAUGCAUUGCAGAAAAAGAUGAGUUGUUAGUGAGAAAUGCUGAGUUAUCACAGAAAAAUUUAUCUGUUCAGAGCAGCUCAGAUAGUAUUAUUAACCAGCUUAAAUCAGAGAUAAAAGACCAAGAUGAUCACAUAGAUAAUUUAAAACAGUCCCAUGAUUCAUUGCAAGAGAAUGUUGAUGUCCAUGAAAGAAAGAUAAAAGAGCUGGAAGACGGCAAAGAAGAGAAUGAACAGACUACUACACAAGUUAGUACUCUGGAGCAGACGGUCACAGACUUACAGGAACAGCUGGCAGACAAAAAUAAGGCUUUGAAAAAACAGGAACAAAGACUUAGAGAUCUUCAAAAAACUUUACAGCGUGAACUUAGAGUUCAACCUCUCCCAAGUGAUGAACCAGUUGUUAUUGAUGGUGCUUCAUUUACUCCGCCAAUGCAGCGGAAAAUUAGUGAAAGUCGGAAUUCACCAUUGAAAGACAAUAUUGAAUUUAAGGAUCAUAAUCCUGCGACAAUAAGUCAUGUGAUGAAACCAUUCGAGACAAACAAUCAUUCAGACAAUGGCUUAGAUGUUUAUAAAAAUCGGACACGUAAUUCUGACCUAAGAAAGGACUUAGAAAAUGAUGUGAACUUUAAAUAUUUGAAACAUGUGGUUUUAAAAUUUAUGUUAAGCAGAGAAGCAGAGGCAGUGCAUUUAAUACGAGCUAUAUCAGUGUUACUACAUUUCUCAACAGACGAACAAAAGAUGUUACAUGAUACAUUAGAGUACAGAAUGUCAUGGUUUGGAAUUCGACCAGCACUAGGCUCAGGACAGAAAUCAAAAUACAUUCCACCACCAUUUUAAUGUUGUGAUUUAUAUGAGAGUAUAUAUGUCAAAUGAUUUAUGACAUUUGAAUGGAUUUUCAUCGAAAUAUUUGCUUCUAAUUUGGCAUGAAAAAUUUCACUGCUCUUUAUUAGAAUUUAAACACAAAGCAUUUAUAUAAAGGUAUAAUGAAAAUUCAAAUAUUUUCAAUUAGAAAAUGACUGCUGGCAAGACUUUACCAAGGUUAUAUUUCAUUCUUUCAGUUUCCUUAGGAAAGAAUUUUACAAUGUUGAGUUAUACUUAGUAAGAUAUUUUCAGAUACACUUUCCUAUUUGACAACACUUUAAAACAUUUAUCCUACACUCUUAAGGCAUAGAAUUUUAAUAUUAUAUCCUAUUCUUAUCAUACAACACUGUUAUUUUUAAACUCUUCUUUAUUUUUUGGACCAAAAAAAGAUAUUAUUUAGACUUUCAAUAAAAUUGUAUUUACAUUCUCAAAUCUUUUGAUAAUGUGAACUUUGUCAUUACUUUAUGAAUUGAUGCACUUGUGAUGAUGGAGCAAACUAUCUUGUUUAUCUGGUCUUAUAUACAUUUUGGUACAUACUGCAAACAUCGAAAGUUUUGAAGUAUCAUGUUUCUUUUAGAAAAGAGGCUUGUCUUGUUUUGAAAAUUUGGGUCAGCAGAGGUCAAAAAGAUGAAUGAUAUGGCAUUCCCAGUGAUUUCUAUUUCAAUUUCACUGUUUGGGAUUUUUACACCCUGGCUGCAAAAAUGGGGGGCAAAAGAAUAACCCUAUUCAAUAAAUAUGUUCCAAAUUUUUUUUACUUACUCUUACUUGAUUUUUCCUCAAUAAAAUGGUACGAAAUUUAUGUAAACUACAAUGCUUUAUAUUAAGAGCAAGUUUAUAGUUCUUUAGUUAUGCCCGUUUAUAACGUUAUAGGAAAACUGGGGCAUCAUCUUUGCUACAUGAAUAUCUUUUCAUCAUUCAGGUGCAAGCUAAUGAAAUUUAUAGGAUUUAUCAAAUGAUGAUAUUUUUUUGAUUGACAAUGAUAACAAAAGGUUUACUAUGUUUUUAGUUAAAAUUAUUUUAGAGAUUUUGAAAGUACAACACACAUGUGCACAAUACAUACAGUCUAUUAUUUGUCCUUGACCUCAUUUUUAUUGUUUAAGUACUGAUUAAAAAAAAUUUAAUUUUGUCAUUAGAAUUUCCUACUUGUGAGUAAAAUGGAUAACUAUAUUUGGUCCAUACGAUCCUUGCAAGGUUUUCAUUUCCAUCAGACAGGGUUUAUCUGACCUUGACCAUUCAUGGUUUGAGUUUCCUCAGAUAAGUUAAUACCUCAAAUACUUUAUGCAAUAUUUCAAAGUAUUUGGUGUAUGACUUCUAUCCCAAUAAGUUGAUUUUUUUUAUGGUAUUAAAGUUAUUGCCUUAUUUCUGAGAUAUUCUAAGCAAUAUAUACAUCAAUGUUUAGAGUUUACAAUGCUGUAAGAUGUUAAUGUGUGCCUGGCUUGUUUCAUCUGACCUUGACCCCCUUUUCAUAGUUUAUUGGUUUAUAAGUGUUUUGUAUUCAUGAUGAGGUCUGUUUCACAGAUACUGUAAGCAAUAGAUCUAUACAAUAAUUGUAUGGUGUACAUGUUUGUCUAAUAAGGUUCAUCUGACCUUGACCUCAUUUUCUUGGUUCAUUGGACCAUCUUCUUGAAUACUAUCAGCAGUAGGUUCACUAUAUAUGGUGUAUUUAAUGUUUGUAGGUUGUACAUCUAUGUCUUACAGUGUUCAUCAGGCCAUGACAUUAUUUAUUUGGUUCAUUAGUCAACAAUAAUGUUUCAUGGUUCCAUUCAUUUCUCAGAUACCUUCAGCAAUAGGUCAACUAGUUUUUGUAAAUGGAAGCAAUAUGAAGUGUGCAUGUCUGUCUGGCAGGGGUUAUCUUACCUUAACCUCAUUUACAUGGAUCAUUGAUGAUAAUACUUGUAGUAAAAACCUUAUCUUAAAAGACAUAAAACCUAUGGCAUUUAGCAUGUCUAUCGGAACAGAAUUAAACGAAUGUUUUGGCACAUAGUAUAAAAUCUAGUCUUUAAUUAUAUUGAUAUAAAACAUGCUGUUUCUGUUAUGAAUGUGUGUACACAUAUACUCUCAAUAAUAACAAUGGCUGUGAAUCUUUUAUUGUAUAUUGUUAUUGCUUAUUUACAUAAAUGUAAGAAUAU